GCCAUCUUGGAGGAGUGUUUACGUCGUGUCAGCUCUCGAGAAAACUCACUUCCACGCCCUUCCCACGGAGUACCAUGCCUAGUGAUUUAGUGAGAUGAUACAUAAAGUUGUCCACCAUGAAUAGCAGGCACGCACAGCCGUACCUCAGCAGUUCCUUGGCCAUACGGCAGGAGAUACAGAGGUUCGAGUCAGUUCACCCCAGCAUCUACGCUAUUUACGAUAUUAUUGAGUUGAUUCCCGACCCAGUGUUGGCCCAGCAGAUCCGGGAGCACGUCGUCUGUAUUGAAGACUCGUUCGUCAACUCGCAGGAAUGGACCCUGUCCCGCGGAGUGCCGGACCUGCGCCUCGGCAUCGUGGGCUCCCUGUCCUCGGGGAAGUCUGCUCUGGUCCACCGGUACCUGACGGGGUCGUACAUGCAGGAGGAGAGCCCCGAAGGCGGCCGCUUCAAGAAGGAGAUAGUGCUAGACGGCCAGAGUUACCUGCUCCUUAUCCGGGACGAAGGCGGCCCCCCUGAGCUGCAGUUCACGGCUUGGGUUGAUGCUGUCAUCUUCGUGUUCAGUCUGGAGAAUGAGAGCUCCUUCAACGCCAUCUAUAACUACUAUGCGAAGAUGGCACACUACCGCAACACUGCCGAGGUGCCGCUCAUCCUGGUGGGAACGCAAGAUGGCAUCAGUGAGAACAACCCCCGUGUAAUCGACGACGGCCGCGCGCGCAAGCUGGCCUCCGAUCUGAAGAGGUGCUCCUACUACGAGACUUGCGCCACCUACGGUCUCAAUGUGGAGCGAGUGUUCCAUGAUGCGUGUUCCAAGAUUGUGGCACAGCGUCUAAGUCAACAGGGUCUGACACCCAACAAUUCCCGGCCCGGCACCCCGACUCACCUGCUUCGCUACGCCCCCACCAAUAACGGUUACACCCCCGCCCCAUACUCCAACAUCCCCACGCCCCUCACACCCCAACUUACCUCAGGCCAGCAGAUCACACCGCCUAUCUCUGGUUCCUCACCUAGUCAUGUUUAUACCAACACCAUCACUAAGUUACAAGCACUUGCCAAAUCAUCAAGCCAAAAACUGCCAUUCCGGUCAAGAACACCUGAACCUCAACUUCAAGUGCCUGAGGAGGUACUACAUAUUCUCUCUUACUUAGUGUCAGCAAUGCAGAAUGCAAAUGUGCAUUUUACUGACCAAUGUAAUUCAGCAGCAAGUAUUAACUACAUGGAAGAUGUGCAUGGGAAAGAAAUCUCACUCCAGUACACCACCGUGAAGGUUCCCGGCAUGAAGCCACGUGGUUCCAAGGUGGUAGGAGGCAGCAGUGGCAGUGAUCCCCUUGCCUCAGAUCUGAACACCCUCAGCAUUAACCCCACAGGCACCCCGGGCCCGCCCCUCGCUGGCCGAGCAUCUCUCACUGGACCCACACAGUCAAACAAAGACAAGGUGACUCUCAUGUCCUAUGAGACGCUCCAGGAUCCAGCAAGAGUCAACGGCAUUGAUUCCAGCAGCAUCUCUUCCAAGAUUGAAACGCCCAAUGUCAAAAAGCGACACAGAAGAAUGAAGAGCACUGGAAACAAGAAUGCGGAGUGUGAAGACUCUGAUGGGUAUGAAUUCAGCCUUGUGUCACUGGACAACAAGCAGUGGCACUUUGAGGCAGCAAGUCAGGAGGAGCGAGAUGAGUGGGUGACAGUCAUUGAGCAGCAGAUUUUGUGCUCCCUUCAGGGCAAUGAGUCCAAUAAGAGCCGGACCCGCCAAGCCCACCCCAUUGAUCCCCAAGCCAUCAUUACCAUCAAGAACCAAGUCCCUGGGAACCUGAACUGUGUUGACUGUGAUGCCCCCAAUCCUGAGUGGGCCAGUAUCAACCUCGGGGUGCUCAUGUGUAUUGAGUGCUCCGGCAUCCACAGGAACCUGGGCUCGCAUAUAUCCAAAGUCCGGUCGCUGGACCUUGAUGAGUGGCCGUCUGGCCCCGUCUCAGUCAUGAUGGCUCUUGGGAAUGAAGUUGGCAACCAUGUGUGGGAAGCGAAUCUGCGAGGCCAAACCAAACCCAAUCCUUGGUCCAGCAGGGAAGACAAGGAAUGCUGGAUCAGGGUCAAGUAUGAGGGGAAAGAGUUCUUGGCUCAUCCUCAGUCAAACAUCCCUCUGAAUGAACAAAUUGUAGACUGUAUGUGUCGUGGAGACACCAAGCGACUCUCGGCACUGCUUCCCCAUGCCGGCGACACCAUCAAUAAUCCACUGGCACCUCCACGAGACAUGAGGACAGCACUGCACUUGGCUGCUGGCUUUCCCUCCUUACCCUGUGUACAGCUGCUUCUCUGGUCCAAUGCCAAUGUGAAGGCACUUGAUGCAGAUGGACGGUCCAUCCUCUUCUAUGCCCGGAGGGCAGGAGACAAGGAAGUCAUUGAUCUGUUGCUGCAGAAUGGUUGUCCAGACACCAGUCUGGUGGUGCCACCUCACACCCCUGCUCUUAGCCACUCCACCACCACCACCACACAGCCCUCUACUCUUCCGCGGAGGUUCAUCUUGGUUUUUCAUCAUUCAUAGUCAGAGUCAUCUAAUGGCAUUUUCAAAACUGUCCAUUUCUUUUCUCAUUCCUGUGUGUGUAGUGAGUCUCUUUAGGAAAGUGCUUCCUGAAAUAAUUACGCCAAAUAUCCCACAUUGCUAUUCCAAGUAGGCUCCCAGAUCACACUCCGUAUUAGAGGAUCCUGAGGCAGCCACACCAGUCUCUAGGAGUCAGCUACUGGAUAGUGAAGUAUCCUCCCUCAGCUGGGGAGUGCUGUGUGGUGUUCCAUCUCUUGUGUGUGGGACAUCUGCAGCCCUCACCGUAGGCACGCAUGUCAUAAACUAAGAUAUUUUUUGAAAGUAUUGGUGAUUAUUACAAAAUUGUUUAUACAAGAGAUGUGCUCACCAUACUACCAUUUGUACACAUCAUCAUCCUGCACCUCCCACUGUCAUCACCUGUACAUAAAGAUGUCUUGAAGGAUUACUUGUACCAAAGGUUGAAUGCGAGUGAGAUUUAUAAUGUAGAUUUAUGUAUGUAUGGUAUUGGUUUAGUCACAGUGUAUCCUGCUCAAGAUACAAAAUUAUUAAGCCAAAGUUCAUGUAAUAAUAUUAUUGUAGACACACCAGGAAGGUGUGUAAGUGUUCCACCGGCCUGUUGGAGGAAGAACAUUCUCAGACACAGUUCUCAGUGGUCAAAAACAGAUAUAUGGUCAGUAAACAUGAGUUAACAGGAACCUCACAUUAUCAAGUAGUCUUUGCUACCAGUGAGUUAAAAAAGAUAUGGCUCAUUUUGCUGGCAUGUCAGAUAAAAGACAGUUGUUAUCCUCAUCAUCUUUUCUGCCAUGACUGUUCUGACUGGUGUCUUGGAUGUUAUUUUCUUCCAUCAUUGUGCCAUGUUCUUCAUUGUUCUUUCAUGUAUAUUUGUGUCUCUACUGUUCACUUAGAAGGUUAUGACACGUACUGGGUGAGCAGCAACAUGAUAUCAUUUGAUGCAUAUAUCAUAUUCAUUGAGAAAGAAUCAUUUUGUGAAUAUUGUUAGUGUACAAAUUUGUUACUUAGCUAUUGUCUGUAAAUUUGUACAUACAUAUAUUAUAUAUAAAUAUAUAUAU